AUGAAAACUGAAGUAAUGGUGUUUUGUGCUCUCCGUAAAGUAGCUCUUUUUCUUAAUAGAAGUAUCGCAAGAGUUGUGAGCGAAACCAUUUGCGAUAUUUAUUUAAGUGCAUUAGACGUUAGUGGAUAUGGAUCUGGUAAUUUUGAUCUCUCUGACUCCUAUCGAUUAAGAGGACUAACAACAUUAAACAACGACAUUAUAGAAACAGAAGUUAUUUUACUCUUCUUGACUAUUUCUGCACAUGCAGAAGAAACUAAAAAAAUCGAAAAGCCUGAAGAAUCGGAAGAAAAAGCACCAGAGGCAAUACACACACCAUAUAGUUUUCCUUUGUCGUCUUUAGGCGUACCAAUAGGUUACUAUCCAUCUUUGGCCCUUGGCAAUUCAUUAUUAGGAUCUUCAGCUGCUUGGCAAUCUCCAUUAGGCUAUGGAUCACCUCUGAUACGAUCUCCUUACAUUUCUACACCAUACGGACUACGGAACUCUCAUCUGGUGUCUCCCUAUACCGUUCCUUUCGCUGGUUUGGGUCGAUCAAUUUACACUGCUGAAACUAGAAACGUUCCAGUUCCAAUUACUCAGCCUAUUCCCGUUCCUAUCAAUAGACCAGUACCAGUUGCUGUACCACAAGCAGUUCCAGUACAUGUAGUACGAUCAUAUCCUAUACAUGUCACUCAACCUUAUCCUAUUCCUGUCGAAAGGCAAGUGCCCAUUCCUGUUGAAAGAGCAGUACCUGUACCAGUGAAGAUACCAGUAAGAAUUGUAAUUCCUGUACCAUAUAAAGUGGGUGUACCGCAACCAUAUCCAGUUCCGGUCCCAAGAGCUGUAGCUGUACCAGUUCCAUCUCCAGCACUUUUUACGCCACAAGCUAGACUACCACACCGUGCCCUUUAUAGAGGACAUGUACCUGUACCUCAAUCCAUUUUUAGUCUACCACAGUCAAUUUUUUUAAGAGGGCAAUUACCUUUCCAACUACCAAUUUUAAAAAAAUAA